GAAAAGGAAAAAAAAAGCGGGGGGCAUAGAGAAACAACUAAGAAAAAUACCCCACAGUCUUCAAAUAUACACCUACAUUGUGACAGACAACAUGCUAUCAUUCAUCCCAAGAAGAUACCCAAUUUAGUCUGUACUUUCCGACCCGGAACUGGCAUCCAUAUCUUCUGGAUCAGGCAUGACGACGCUGUUGAGGUACGUAACGAAAGGUUCCAUGAUACCAAUAAGAGCUGCAAUUUUGUCCUGUGCGUUGGGACUCAUAAGCUCUUCAUCGGCUAGAGGCCUGCCGAUGGUGAAACUGCGCAAGCGGAGCAGUCGAAUAUUUUCAUUGUCCAAGCCGUAGCCCUGGGUAAGGAAAAUAUUUUGUUAGCAUUGUAAUUGGACGACACCGAUGACCCGCCGGGUUAAAGCUGAUAGUGAACCAUGGAAACAGAUGAGACGGUGUAGAAAAGUUUUCGAGACCAAAACACGCUGUGGGACACCAGACGAAUUUCCGUGCUAGGCCGAAGAACAGUAAUGACGUUGAACCCA